AUGCCCCGGUUUCAGUUCGAUACAUUCUGCGCCACCAUCCAGAAACAUCGAAUCACCUACGCAUAUGUAGUUCCGCCGAUUAUCCUGGAACUGGUGUCCAAUCCUCGUAUCACUGAGUAUGACCUCAGCUCGCUGCGAAUGAUGCUCUCCGCUGCUGCGCCGCUCGCGGUGGAGUUAAUCCAAACUUUGCAUCAGAAGCUCAAGCUUAGUGUGCGUCAGGCGUAUGGGAUGAGUGAAUGUGCUCCGUGUACGCACAUGCAGACCUGGAACGAGACGCACACCCAUCUGGGCUCCGUUGGCCGUCUUCUCCCGAAUAUGACUGCAAAGUAUGCCCUGGUUGAGGGGGAGACGGGACGAUCUAAAGAGCUCUGGGUCAAAGGCCCGAAUGUCUUUCUUGGAUAUCUGAAUAACCCGAAGGCCAACAGUGAAUCCUUUUCUGAGGAUGGCUAUUAUAAGACUGGUGAUGUGGGGCACAAGGAUGAGAAUGGCCACUUCUAUAUCACCGACCGAGUGAAAGAGUUGAUCAAGUAUAACGGAUUUCAGGUGGCACCGGCUGAACUCGAGGCCAUCGCUCUAGGGCAUCCCGCCAUCACGGAUGUGGCUGUGACGGGUAUCAAGGACGGCCAGUCAGGGACAGAACUGCCCCGAGCAUAUGUGGUUGUGGCGCCGGGAUACGAGGGCAACCAGAGCACUGCUGAUGCUAUAUCCCAGUAUGUGAGUGAUCAGGUGAUUAACUACAAGCGUUUGCGUGGAGGAGUCCGAUUUGUGCAGGCUAUUCCACGAAACCCAUCCGGGAAGAUUUUGCGACGAGAACUGAAGAAGUUGGACCGAGUGGCCAAGCUGUAG